AACGGAGUACUGCGGCAGCAGGCAGAGCCGCGGAUGGACACCAAGUGCUGAAAAGGUAGCAGUGCGGCACGUUAGUUUCGCCGGUCUUUCACCGCAAGUAUCAGAGAGCAAAGGAAGGAAGCGCAUCCCCGCGUGAUGCUCCGCUUGAGACCGCAACAUUUCAUUUGAAAGACGUCUCACGGAGGAGAACGACUGUAGCCUAACCUUUUUGAAGGCAAGGCAUUUUGAUAUCUAAUUCAACGUGAGGGGCUGACACCUCUCAAGCUGUGCAUCACCUGAGAGGAGAAGAGUGACUGCGCCAACAUGGGGUAUGGGCGGUCAGACAGUUACCGCGUUGCCACCACACAGGACAAAGAUGACCGAUCCCCCAAGAAGAAGAAGGCGGGGGCCAAGGACAUGGAUGACCUGAAGAAGGAAGUGCCCAUUACGGAACAUAAGAUGUCUGUAGAGGAAGUAUGCAGGAAAUUCCAGACUGACAUUGUCCAGGGACUGACCAAUGCCAAGGCAGCAGAGUUUCUGAUCAGGGAUGGUCCCAAUGCUCUCACCCCUCCUCCCACCACUCCGGAAUGGGUCAAGUUCUGUCGCCAGCUGUUUGGUGGAUUCUCCGUCCUGCUGUGGCUCGGUGCCAUCCUCUGCUUCCUGGCCUAUGCCAUCCAGGCAGCCACUGAGGACGAUCCCGCAGGAGACAAUUUGUACCUAGGUAUUGUGCUCACAGCUGUCGUCAUCAUUACUGGUUGCUUCUCAUACUUCCAAGAGGCCAAGAGCUCUAAAAUCAUGGAGUCCUUCAAGAACAUGGUGCCUCAGCAAGCGUUGGUCAUCCGUGAGGGUGAGAAGGUACAGAUCAAUGCCGAAGAAGUGGUGGCCGGAGAUCUUAUUGAAGUGAAGGGAGGAGACAGGAUCCCUGCUGACAUCAGGGUGGUUUCUGCUCACGGCUGCAAGGUGGAUAACUCCUCCCUGACAGGCGAGUCAGAACCUCAGAGCAGGUCACCUGACUGUACCCAUGACAACCCCUUGGAGACCCGUAACAUUGCUUUCUUCUCCACCAACUGUGUGGAAGGCACAGCUCGUGGCCUUGUUAUCUGCACUGGAGACCGCACAGUCAUGGGUCGCAUUGCUACUCUGACCUCUGGCCUGGAGACCGGCAAAACCCCCAUUGCUAAGGAGAUCGAGCACUUCAUCCACAUCAUCACAGGUGUGGCUGUCUUCUUGGGUGUCACCUUUUUCGUCCUGGCCCUCAUCCUGGGUUACAGCUGGCUGGAGGCUGUCAUCUUCCUCAUCGGCAUCAUUGUGGCAAACGUGCCUGAAGGGCUGUUGGCUACAGUCACUGUGUGUCUGACCCUGACUGCCAAACGUAUGGCUAAGAAGAACUGCCUGGUGAAGAACUUGGAAGCUGUGGAAACCCUGGGCUCCACCUCCACCAUCUGCUCUGACAAGACAGGCACUCUGACCCAGAACAGGAUGACUGUGGCCCACAUGUGGUUUGACAACCAGAUCCACGAGGCCGACACCACUGAGGACCAGUCUGGUGCCUCAUUUGACAAGAGUUCAGUGACAUGGCUGUCUCUGGCUCGUGUUGCUGCUCUGUGUAACCGCGCUCAGUUCAAAGCAGGACAAGACUCAGUGGCCAUCCUGAAGCGUGAUGUUGCUGGCGAUGCCUCCGAGUCAGCCCUGCUGAAGUGUAUCGAGCUGUCCUGUGGCUCAGUCAGGUUGAUGAGGGACAAGAACAAGAAGGUGGCUGAGAUCCCCUUUAACUCCACCAACAAAUACCAGCUCUCAGUGCAUGAGACAGAGGAUCCAAAUGACAACCGCUACCUGCUGGUGAUGAAGGGAGCCCCUGAGAGGAUCCUGGACCGUUGCUCCACCAUCCUGCUGCAGGGCAAGGAGCAGCCUAUGGAUGAGGAGAUGAAGGAAGCUUUCCAGAAUGCCUACAUGGAAUUGGGAGGACUGGGAGAGAGAGUACUAGGUUUCUGCCACUUGCUGCUUCCAGAGGACCAGUACCCCAAGGGGUUUGCCUUUGACACAGAUGAUGUCAACUUCCAGACAGACAACCUUUGCUUUGUUGGCCUCAUGUCCAUGAUUGACCCUCCCCGUGCUGCUGUGCCCGAUGCUGUUGGCAAAUGCCGAUCUGCUGGUAUCAAGGUUAUUAUGGUCACUGGAGAUCAUCCCAUCACAGCCAAGGCCAUUGCCAAGGGAGUGGGCAUCAUCUCAGAAGGCAAUGAGACAGUGGAGGACAUUGCAGCUCGUCUCAACAUACCUGUCAGCCAGGUCAACCCCAGGGAUGCCAAGGCCUGUGUGAUCCAUGGUACAGACCUAAAAGAUCUAUCUCAGGAUCAGAUGGACGAUAUCCUGAGGAAUCACACAGAGAUCGUGUUUGCCAGGACCUCCCCACAGCAGAAGCUCAUCAUUGUAGAAGGUUGCCAGAGACAGGGUGCCAUUGUGGCUGUGACAGGUGAUGGUGUGAAUGACUCUCCUGCACUGAAAAAGGCCGACAUUGGUGUUGCCAUGGGAAUCUCAGGCUCUGAUGUGUCCAAACAGGCCGCAGACAUGAUCUUGUUGGAUGACAACUUUGCAUCUAUUGUCACAGGAGUGGAAGAAGGCCGCCUGAUCUUUGAUAACCUUAAAAAGUCCAUCGCCUACACACUGACCAGCAACAUCCCAGAAAUCACACCCUUCCUGCUGUUUAUCAUUGUCAAUAUUCCUCUGCCACUGGGAACCAUCACCAUCCUGUGUAUUGACCUGGGAACUGACAUGGUGCCAGCCAUCUCCUUGGCUUAUGAAGCAGCUGAGAGCGACAUCAUGAAGCGUCAGCCCAGGAACCCAUUCAGGGACAAGCUGGUGAAUGAGAGGCUUAUCAGCAUUGCCUAUGGACAAAUUGGUAUGAUUCAGGCUCUGGGAGGCUUCUUCGCCUACUUUGUGAUCUUGGCUGAAAAUGGUUUCCUGCCCUCCCAACUAGUAGGCAUCAGGCUCAACUGGGAUGACCGCUCUGUCAACGACCUGGAAGACAGCUAUGGACAGCAGUGGACAUACGAGCAGAGGAAGAUUGUGGAAUUCACAUGCCACACAGCCUUCUUUGUCAGUAUUGUGGUAGUGCAGUGGGCUGAUGUCAUCAUCUGCAAGACCAGACGUAACUCUGUGUUCCAGCAGGGCAUGAGGAACAAAAUCUUGAUCUUUGGCCUGUUUGAAGAAACAGCUCUGGCUGCCUUCCUGUCCUAUUGCCCAGGCAUGGAUGUGGCACUCAGGAUGUAUCCUCUAAAGCCUACUUGGUGGUUUUGUGCAUUCCCCUAUAGUUUCCUCAUCUUUGUUUAUGAUGAAGUCCGAAAACUUCUCCUCCGUCGGAACCCUGGAGGUUGGGUGGAAAGGGAGACAUACUAUUGAUCGACGGAGCAUCUUUGCUCAAACCCCCUUCAUCUUCCACUUAUUGCUCCCUCCUGUCACUCCAUCCCUGGCAAGACACACCUCCAGACGCCCCGCCCC